ACAACGGUCACACAGUUGCAACAAUAAAGGAGAAAAAAAAAGAGGAUAAUGCUGUGGAUAUAAACAAAGAAUCUUGGAAAAAACGUUUAACACUUAAUCGUUGGCACUUACUCAGCAGGCAAUGAGUUUUAAUUUCUACGUAGAAUCGUCCAAUUCAACGUUGCAGUCGAUUGCGCGACAAGUAGAGCAAUUUGCUGGCGUUGCACUGAAGGCAGCUGUCGAUCUGCGCGAAAAUCUGGAAUCUUUAACCGGUGAUUUUCGUUGGGAGAACGGACCCAUUGCGUUCACCGAUCUGCAGGCCACCCUAUUAAAAGUAUUAAUCGUCCUUCUUCUGGGAACCUGCAUUCUAGCCGGCUAUUCUUGGUUUGUUUACGGCCAAGUCAUCACGGAAAAGUUUGUCAGACCAAGCACCCUCAAGGAAAUCGAAGAGCUUAAAUUGUCGGUGGCGAAGUUGAAGUUGCCCAAAGAACACUCGCCGCGCAUCUAGAAACAAUGUCCAAGAUCAAGAAGUUCUUUUC